AUGCAGGGCGAUGGAAACCUUGUUCUGUAUCCUGUCGAUUCACCGAGUACAUCGGCUUACGCUUACUAUUCAACACUCACAAUCGGAGUAGGUGGAAACGUCUCUCUUAACCUCGAAAGCGACGGCCGUCUUUAUCUGCUCAACGGUAGCUUGCCUCUGUGGAAUAUAUGCAAUGGUGGAUUCCCUACACAUGGAUACAUCAAUCUCAUGAGGCUCGAUGUCGGAGGAAUCUUCCGCAUCUACUCUCUCUCUCUCGGUGAUCUCACCAUGGCCAGGAGUUGGUCAUCUACGGAAGACGUCUGUGUUCCCAAAGGUAUCUGCGGAGUCAACGCCUUCUGUAUUCUUCAGAAUACUGCGCCGGAAUGUCAGUGUCUUCCCGGUUUUGUCUCUGUUCAGUCCGGCAACAACACAGCUGGCUGUUCUAGAAACUUCCUAGCACAGGGCUGUGCCAAAAUUGAUGAUAGACUGAAAUACGAAAUGAGAAGGGUCGAAAACUCAGAAUGGGAGGAUAACUCGUAUGAGAUUUUGGAAAUGAUGAGUGAAGAAGAGUGCAGCAAAGCAUGCCUCGAUGACUGCAACUGCGAAGCAGCCUUCUUUCGAGACAGCCAAUGCAGCAAACAGAGGCUUCCGUUAAGAUAUGGAAGAAGGUCUCUGGAUAGCUCGAACGUGGCUCUCGUUCGCUUCAGUACAACCGUGGUACCCGACAUGGGAGGCAAUUCUGAUACUAAAAUCAUCACCAAGAAAGAGCCGCAUAUGGACAUCCUCAUCAUUGGCAUUGUGCUUAUGUCAAUAGGCGUGUUGGCCUUGUUAAUUUCUGUGUUCUUCGCUCACAAGAAACGGAAGGACUACAACAAGAUUACUAACGAAGAUGGUGCUAACUUUGCGGAGGGCAUUUCGCUGAAAUUGUUCACAUUUGAGCAUUUGUCCGAAGCAACAAACGGCUUCAAGGAAAAGCUGGGGAGAGGAGCGUCUGGCACGGUGUUCAAAGGGGUUCUGCAGAAUGGCCAGAAAAUGGUGGCAGUGAAGAGGUUGGAGAAGGAAUACACACAAGGAGAGAUAGAGUUCCAGACAGAGCUGAAGACGAUUGGAAAGAUGUAUCACCGGAACCUAGUCCGACUCCUAGGUUACUGCUUCAAUAAAGACAACAAAUCGUUGGUGUUUGAGUACAUGAGCAACGGAUCCCUAGCUGAUAUACUUUUCAAUCAAGAGAAACAGCCAAGCUGGGAGGAACGGAUGGAAAUCGCUCGUGAUAUAUCUAGAGGGAUACUGUAUCUGCACGAAGAGUGUGAGACGCAGAUCAUUCACUGCGAUAUAAAGCCUCAGAACAUACUCAUGGAUAGGAACUGGUGCGCUAAGAUAUCAGACUUUGGGCUAGCAAAGCUUCUAAAUCAAGAUCAGACUAAUACAAUUACUGGGAUAAGAGGCACUAAGGGCUAUGUAGCACCAGAGUGGUACCAUAAGCAGGCGAUCACAGUGAAAGCAGAUGUUUAUAGCUUCGGUGUGAUGCUGUUGGAGAUCGUAUGCUGUAGGAAGUGUGUUGAUUGGAGCAGGAGUGAGGAUGAGGCCAUUCUUGAGGAAUGGGUAUACGACUGUUAUGCAACGGGGAAGAUUGGGAGUCUGGUGGAUGACGAAAUGGUGGAAGAGAAGAACGUGGAGAGGAUGGUGAAGAUAGGGAUAUGGUGUGUGCAAUAUGAUCCAUCACUGCGUCCAACUAUGAAGGAAGUUCUACUAAUGUUGGAGGGAACUGUUGAGAUUCCAAUACCUCCAUGCCCGAGUUCCUUCUUUAAGUUAAAUCUAGCUUGA